UUAAGAUAAGCCUUGUAUUUCCCAUAAUAGUUCCGUGCAAUAACUUUGAGUUGUUUAAAAUAUUGUCUUAUUUAAAUUAUUCAUUUACUCUCUUCGUGUUUGGUUUUCAAACUACAAGCAAGGGAAAUGUUUUAUAAAUGUCUGCUGGAAUGUAGGAAAAUGUAGUAGGUCAUAUUAUGUUUCGACGUCGACUGUUGAACUAUCUUAUUGUUUGAAAAGUUGAUUUCCAAAUUCGAAAUGACGUCCCCGGAACCUAAAAAAUUACAGCCGGUUUCAGUUGAAUGUGACGCAAUACAAACUUCUGAAAUAGUUGUCACUAGCUGGAAGAUCUAUGUGGCGUGUGUUGCUUCGUAUUUGUACAUAUUGUCCAUGGGGAUGACUAUUUCGUACACUGCACCAGCAUCCAUGGAUAUGAGAAGGCCAGGGAGUAGGAUGCAGCACAUAACUGACGAUGAGAUAACUUGGAUCGGUAGCCUGAGUAUGCUUGGGGGUGUACCUGCAAAUAUUUUAGGUGGUUAUUUUUCUCAAAAAUAUGGAAGAAAGACCGUAUUGAUGUUGACUUCUAUUUUGUUUACAUCAAGCUGGUUGAUGAUAGCUUACGCCUCUUCAGUUGCGUGGAUAUGUGCUGGAAGAAUAAUUUCAGGAUUUUGCACUGGAUUGUAUGUUGUUGCCGUUCCAGCGUAUGUGGCCGAAAUUGCUCCCCAAAAUAAACGGGGAAUGCUCUCAUCCGGUCUACCAUUAUUUAAUACUCUUGGAAUAUUUCUUGUAAUGUGCCUUGGACUUGUUUUAAGAUGGUCAUGGUUGGCCAUAAGUAUCGUCAUCUUAACAGUAUGUUCCGCAUGUAUGAUGGUCUUUAUGCCAGAAUCUCCCGUGUGGUUAGUGCGAGAAUCAAGACUGGAGGAAGCAGCCCAUGGUCUGAAAUUCUUCCGUGGUAAGCAUUUUCCCUACAAGAAAGAAGUGCAACAAAUAGCUGAGACGCUCCGCAACGAGCAACAAAACGUACCAAUCACGUUGCAAGAUUUAAAAAAUCCGACCUUUUACAAACCUCUUUCAAUUUCGGUUGCUUUAAUGUUCUUUUGGACAGCAUCUGGCUCAGGACCCAUUUUAGCUUAUACUGUCGAAAUUUUUCAAAGACUCGGUAGCGCACUUGAUCCAAAUGUCGCCGCAAUAAUUUUGUCAGCCAUACAAAUAGUGGCUGCUGUUUCCUGCAGUCUAAUAAUCGAUAAAUAUGGCCGCAGAAAACUUUAUAUUAUGUCUGCCUCAGCAACAUCAAUUAUGCUAAUUUGCUUAGGUGCUUACAGCUUUGCUAUGAAACACCAACCAGUGACCCAAGGCGCGAUAGGCUAUAUACCUUUAGUGUGCUUUGCUAUUUAUGCUUUUGUAUUUAAUAUAGGGAUGGGUCCAAUACCGUUUGUUAUGAUUCCUGAAAUGGUGUCGGUCCAGUUUCGAAGCACUGUCCUUGCCAUAUCAACUGUUGUAAUUUCAUUUUUUGCGUUUUCUUCUAACAAAUCGUAUGAUGGUUUGCGAUCAUUGGUCGGAGAUCAUGGUGUAUAUUGGACUUAUGGAUUUUUGUCUCUAUGUAGCGUUCCAUUUGGUUAUUUCAUACUGCCAGAAACAAAGAAUAAGUCUUUUGAGGAUAUCAGUAAAUCAUUUUCUAAGAAACGUGAUUGUCAAAUGACUGAUUUGACGACUGUCAAAUGAUGUUAACUCUGUUAUGUUUAUGUAAAUAUUUAUGUGUAAUGUAUUUUUGAAAAUUCUCUGAUCCUAAAUUUUUUCUUCGUAUUUUUUCUUAUGAGAUAUAUAAAAUAUGUUUUGCAUUC